UUCCGGCCCCGCCGCUCCGGUAGGGCAGGGGCUGGAGCCGGGGCGGCCGCCGCCAUGAUCCCCAUCCCCGUCGUGGUGCUCGUGCUGGGGGGCUGGUGCGCCGUCUACCUGGCCGACACCGUGCUGAAGACUUCGGCGUCCCUGAGGGCUUCGUACGAAGAGAGGCUGGCGGCCUACGGACUGAACGUCUCUCCCUUCCACAUCCGCUGGCAGACGACUCUCUUCAACCGCCUGUUUUACGCCUGGGGACGCUGGAGACCCGGCCUCCUUUACCGAUGGUUCAACCUGGGAAUGGUUUUCGGGAUCGUGGCCAUGUUCGGCUCCGUCCUCCUCCUCGGGAAGACCCUGGUGCAGACGCUGUCGCAGAUGAUGGCCGAGACGCCCCCGGCGCCGCACGACCGCGUGCUGCAAGUUGUGGUUCCCGGGAUCAACCUGCCCGUGAGUCAGUUGACGUAUUUCUUCGGCGCCAUCCUGGUCAGCGGCGUCAUUCACGAGAUCGGCCACGGGGUCGCGGCCAUCCGGGAACAGGUUCGAUUCAAUGGCUUUGGGAUUUUUCUCUUCGUCGUUUAUCCUGGAGCGUUUGUCGAUCUCCUCACCGCCCACUUGCAACUCGUGUCGCCCGUCCAGCAACUGAGAAUAUUCUGUGCGGGCGUCUGGCAUAAUUUCGUCCUGGGAGUUGUGAGUCUUGCCGCUCUCUUCCUGAUGCCCGUGAUAAUGUUCCCGUUUUAUCACACGGGCGUCGGGGCCUUAAUCACUGAAGUCACCGAGGACUCACCAGCCAGCGGACCGAGGGGCCUGUCCGUGGGGGAGGUCGUGACCGGCCUCCAAGACUGUGCCGUCGGCAACGUGGAAGACUGGCACUACUGCCUCGGAAUGAUCUCCCGGACCCCCCAGACGGGCUACUGCAUGAGCGCUGCAACUCUGCAGCAGUUCAACUUCCCGGCGAGAGUGUACAAGCGGCUGGAUGGCUCGGUGGAGUGCUGCAACAACGAGAGCCUGACGGACGUCUGCUUCUCCUACGGCCAGCCGGAGAGCCACUCGCUUCGUCCGCAGCACGCCUGCCUCCCGGCCCGGAGAGCGAUCGAAGCCAACCGAGUGUGUCGGAGGAACCUCGACUGUCGAGGGGGGCCGCUCCCGAGCCUCUGCGUCACCCCUUCUUUGGAAAACCAGACCCGGUUGAUCAGGGUAAAGCACCCGCCUCAGGCGGACAUGUUGUUCGUGGGAUACCCGCAGCACCUUCAGUACACGGUGAGCCUCAGCAGUUUUAUCCCCCGAUGCAGCUUUAUAAAUCUAGAUUUGCCUGUGGUGACGGAGACAUUUUGCAAAUACUUGAUCUCACUGUCGGGAGCCCUCGCCGUCAUCAACGCCGUCCCCUGCUUCGCCCUGGAUGGCCAGUGGAUCCUCACCUCGUUUCUGGAAGCCACUCUGACCUCCCUGAUUGUGGAAAAACAGAACCGGGAGCUGGUGGGCUUCUUAAUCUUGCUGGGCGGCAGCACGCUUCUGGCCGCUAACGUGGCCCUCGGACUCUGGCUGGUCACCGCCCGGUAACGGACGGGAUGCUCGGAGCCGGCGGAGCGAGCCAGAGGCCGCCGGCCCCGGCGGGGGGCGGGCGGCGGCCGCCGUCGCCCGCUGGAAACUUCCUUCGGAAUGGAAUCGGAGAAGCACUGGAGACGGUCGGGGAAGAGGGAGAGAGAUUUCCAGAGCGAGACGGGGAGAAAGAUUGAGAGUUCAAGGAAGAGGGAGGGCGAGAUUGAGGGAGGAGGAUUGAGAGAGUGAGGCAGAGAUUGAGACAAAGUGAUGGAGCGAGAACUACCUCGAACCUUCAGUGGUAUCAAAUAAGAAGACUCCCGCACGAUUCUGAGCCCAACGCAUCAUCGGAAAGAACCCGGCUCUUACUGCUGAAGCCCAGGGCCGUUCCUACAAGACGGAUCACGGGGCUAGGGAUUAACUCUGGGGGUUUCUCAGUCUUUAGAAGUGUAUGGUUUGAGCUCCUUUUCUGAUAUUAGACCCGGACAGACCUUCCGCCCGUUCGGGUGACGGCGUUUCGGUCCGGCGGGCUCUCCGGUGGAACCCCGGAAAACAGAGCUUAAUUGCACUUCCAAAAUCCGGGGGAGAAUUGGGGGUUCCUGGGCCGUUGAGCGAGGAAAUAUCAUUCUCAGUGUUCCCGUUCCGCUGCCGUUACCGCCGCAGAUUUCCCGAAGAAUUACGGCAGCCGUUCACCGCUGACUUUGUCCUAAACGCAAGGGUAGGUGAGAGGUCAAUCGAUGGGACGCAGCCUCUCUAACGGGACGCUCACGGUUUUACGUGGUGGGGACACCCUGGGGAGAACUGAAUGAUUUGGGGUGACCGCUUGUUCUCCCAAACUGAAAUAGAAAGACUCUUGUGCCUCACCACGUGACUUUGAAUCAUCACUGUCAUCUUCUGCUAGUAUUUAGUACAAGUUCGCGGACUUUGGGAGCUCGUUAACGCUUCGGGGAUCUUUUAGGAAAGACCGCAAAGGAUUUUACUCUUUUUUUUUUUUUUUAAAAAAAAAUUCCACGUCCAAAUUUAGAGCCUUCAUAAUUUCAGAGAUUUGGUUUGGGGUGAUGAAUGCCUAUAGACUGGAAUCGACAUUUGGGGUUUUAUACUGCUUAUUAAACCUUUUUGUUCCUUUUUUCUUUUUAA